AUGGUGAGUGACGAGAAGACAGUGCCCAGCUAUUUUCUGUGCCCCAUCUCCCUUGAAGUCAUGACUUCCCCUGUCAGCCUCUGCACCGGCGUCACUUACGAGCGCUCCAACAUCCAGCGCUGGCUUGACGCCGGCAACAACACCUGCCCCGCCACUAUGCAGCUCCUCCACUCCAAGGACCUCAUCCCCAACCACACCCUCCACCGCAUCAUCCAAAUCUGGUCCCCUCCGCAAGACACUCAAAUCCAUUUUCUUCAUCAUAUCUCCAACCUCACUUCCCAAUCGGAGGAGGAAGAACACAACGAGAGGCUUCUGCCGCCGCUCCUCUCCCUUUUCCCCAAAAUCAAGGACUUAAGCCAUCUGGAGAAAAUCAUUCGCUUAUGCAACGCCCUUCUCCAGAAUCUCGCCAAAAUUGACCACCAUAAUGCAAUUGAGUGUAGGGUUCGGACAAGGGAUCCUGAUUUCACGGCGUCAAUCGUGAUUGCCAUCAAGGAAAAGGGGCGCCCGGACCUCAGAACGGCCGGGGCAAAACUUCUCGACCUUAUGGCCGCGUGUUCCUGCCUUGAAAUGCAUUCAAUUUCGGAAGAUGACGAUGUUUACUCGGCCCUCCUCGCUCUGAUACCCGACCCGGUGGCCGCCGACGCCGCCCUCAGCCUCCUCACGCGCCUGGCGCAGGUUAGGAAAAAUCGGUCCAGGAUGGUGAGAGCCGGGGGCGUGAGGGCGCUGGCGACGGCACUCGAGGCGGAUAUGAGCGCGGCGGCGACGGAGAAGGCGCUGAGGCUCCUGGAAAUGGCGUCGGCCUGCGGGGAAGGGAGGAGCGAGAUCUGCAGGGACGAGAUCUGUGCGCGGGCGAUUGUGGAGAAGCUUCUGAAGCUGUCGCCGGCGGCCACAGAGCACGCGGUGACGGUGCUGUGGGGAGUCUGCUGCCGGUUCGGUGACAGGAGAGCGGUGGCGGCGGUGGCGGCGGCGGCGGAGGGGAACGGGGAGGCGAAGGUGCUGCUGCUGAUGCAGAGAGAAUGCUCGCCCGCGGUCAGGCGGAUGUGUAGCGACCUGCUGAGGGUUUUCCGGUCCUACGGCAAGGGCUCCGGCGUGUGUUGGUACGAUACGAAAGCUACUCAUAUUAUGCCCUUCUGA